AUGGACCAGGGAUCACGAUUCGCCAACGUCCCGAGCUCGCCCUCGCUGCGGCUGUUUUCGGGUGCUAAGCUUGUCCCGGUCGACAGCACCGCAACAGCCCGGCCUCAACACCCCGCACACCGACCUGGAGCGGCGCAAUCGGCGCUGCCGGCGCUUACAAGAAGGAGGAACACCUUUGGGGAAAAGCCAGACGCCCCCGAUGCGAGCUCCUCGGCGCAUCUAUCCUCCGUCCAGCCCCUCGCCAUCCCCCUCGACGACAACCCCCGCUAA